AUGUCCACUUUUAUAAGCAACGAAUUGAUUUUUGAGAUCUGUAAGACUAUCGUGUACGGACUUCAAAGACCAGUGACAACUCAGAAGACAAUCCAAAAUUUUUUUCAAAACAUUCAAUUGGCCAAUAAAAGAUCCCCUAUUCCCUGGAAGACCUUAAACGGUCAAAGAACAGCCCAAAUUAAGUACUUUAAAUUCUGGAUCGCUUACUGGACGCUCCAAAGAAAUGUCGACAUGCUGGAAAGCAAAGAGUUGACAUCUGUUUUCUGCAGGAAACAAGAUGGAAAUCAAAUGGUCUCUCUCAUUGGGAGUUACAAGUUGUUCUGGAAUGGCCAAAAAACAGCCCAAAAUGGAGUGGGAAUCUUCAUACUAGAAUCACUGGCACAAAAUGAGACCGAUGAAUCUGAAGACACCAAAAGUGACUUUUGGAACACACUCUCAGAUGCCGUCAGGAAAACACCAUCAUCAGAGAUACCAUUGAUAUGUGGCGACCUCAACGGCCAUAAGAAGGAAAACUCUGACUUCAAACUUCCGCUGCCUUGCGGCAUACCUGUUCAUGGGAAAGGCUUUGGGAGCAAAUCCAGACAGAAAACCACACUCCACCACCUGAGUUGCGGUCCAGUAAUAUCAGGUGCCGGUCCAAAUCCAAAAAAGUAUGCACAUACCGGCUCGGACGUCGCCCGGGUGAACAAGGUCCGCGCUGUAGCUUUGGGGACUAGAAGCUGCAGUGUAAAGUAUGCUACUGAGUCCCAGAAAGAUAGACUGAAGAUGGGGUUGAUAGUUGGAGUUUGGAAUGUCAGGUCAUUGUGGCAGACAGGGGCUUACGCGUUGAUGAAGAAAGAACUUGAACGAUUCAGAUAUGAUGUGGUUGGUCUGUGCGAGGUCCGAUGGACAGGAGGUGGAGAAAUGGAAGAAGGGAAGAUAUUAUGGUCUGGAACAGAGAGGGAGCACGUCUAUGGAGUUGGAAUGGUUAUUGGCGAAAAAGCAAGAAAAGCACUGCUGGAGUACAAUCCAGUGAAUGAAAGAAUGGCAUUCUACGAUCAACUGGAGCAAACAUUGAAUGUACUGCCAAAGAAAGAUGUUAAGAUAAUCACCGGAGAUUGGAACGCAAAGAUCGGAAGAGACAAUAUUGGUUUUGAAGAAGUCAUGGGAAAAUACGGUAUAGGAAACAGAAAUAAUAGAGGAGAAAGACUGCUGGAAUUUGCAAAGGACCAAAAAAUGUAUAUAACAAAUACAAAAACACAAAAUAGAAAAAAAUGGACAUUGGAAUCACCAGAUGGAAAAACAACGAACAUGAUAGAUUUGAUUUUGAUAGAACAGAAAUGGAUGAAAUUUGUUACUCAGUGCCGUGCUUUUCCAACUCUUUCAUUUGUUCUACUAUUGCAUCAAGUCUUCCUUGCAUUUGAAGAGCUAAGUGAAGAGCCACUACACCCCAUCAUCCCAGGCAACAACCGCAACAAGAGCAACAAUGCAAAAAGUAACACUGAACGCAACCCAAACAACAACAACAACAACAACACCAAAACCGUACAGCAUCGAAUUGACAACAACAAAUUUCAACAAAUUAAGGUAACCGCGAAACUCAUCUACAAAAAAACACAACUCACCCACCACAUAAACAACUGGAAAGAGGACAGAGCGAAAAUCCUCAAAACAACCAUCAACAAUCUUAAAGACAACAUCAACCCACCCAACAAGAAGGACACAUUCAACCAAACAAUAUCGAACAUCCUCGACAACACAUACGAAACCAUCAAAAACUCGAUCAUCAACCAUCUCAAUAACGAACUAUCCAACUACAACACCAUACACUACAAAAACAUAGACCUAAUAGACGACACAAAACCAAUCGAGGAUCACAUCAGGUUAUGCAACGUUAAAACUCUCUCUAAAAUAGUCAGUGACAACAAUGAUGAAAUCAACUUAAAAGUCGAAAAAAUUAAUGAAAUGAAUGGUUUGCUAAAAAAUGAACUUAAAUUGAUAAAAGAGAUGUUGAACAGUAACAGUGCAAAAUUAGAUAGCCUUGAUAGGCCUGAUAGCAAGUUAUCUGCCACAAGCAAUCUAUGUUGA